CAAUCAUCUCACUCUUCCAACAUCAAUUUCACUAUUACAUUGACCAGCUUACAUAUUUGACCUCAAGUUUCCUCAUUUACCAAUUCAAUCAGUCUCGACAAAACUUUUGACAAUCCCUCAGAUCACCAAACGAAGAUGGCGGGCACAUCAGAUGAUCGGAUGCUAUUCAUCACCAUAGUAUUCGUUUGUUUAUUCGUGAUGAUUUUUCUAGUUGACGGCACGAGCGCCUUCGGGGCCGGUAAUAUUCCAUCUUAUGCAUAUUUAGAAGAUAAAGCUUUUCGACAUGGUGACAUAGAAAUAAGGACGUGUUGGCCGAAUUGGCGAAGAAAGCGGGAGGAGGUAUCUUGGGAGGUUUGGGCGCCAAAAAAUUUGGAGGACUGGACAUCAAACGGGCAAGUCUACUUUGGAAACUGGCUGCGUGACUACUCACAAGCGAUGGACGUGGCUGGUCUUUCGAAAUUAGCCAAGCAAACAAUCAUCAACUUGGUUAUGGCCCUUGGCUUUCUUGCUCACGGUUACGCGACCGGCGAGUUUGAAGUGACUGAGGAGAGGCUAGGGGUAUAUUUGCCAGUCGAACAUAUAGACAAUCCCAAAGAUUACAAUAGCAACAAUGAUGCACGAGCUGUCCAUCCGGGUUUGAGAGGGCCAAUAGAUCCAAGGGAACUUCAAAUUGACCCUCGCACGGGCAUGAAGAACUACAUUGCAAAUGAGACUGGGCAUUGGGAUACAAGUGCGGCGUGUAUCAGACGCGUCUUGAGCAAAUGUAUUGACAUUGGACGUCGUGCGAAAAACGGUGGAGGCGAAGCUGACUAUCAUGAGGCAUAUCGCUUGCUUGGUACCGCUUUACACACACUGGAAGACUUAACAGCACACUCAAAUUGGUGCGAGCUGUCUCUGAGAAGGCUGGGCCACACCCAGGUAUUUUGUCAUGUCGGAGAUGCCUGCAUAAUCGACACACCUUCAGGAAGGGCGCCCCCAUUAAUAACUGGUGUUUUCGGAGCUGCCGACUUUUUACAUUCUCUCCUCGGAGAAGCUACAGAUCAUAUCAGUGAAGCUAGUGUCAGCGACUUGUCAAAAGCGAUGUCCACAGCACGCAGUGGACCUGGGGCAGAUCCGACGGGGGAUGCCUUGAGAUCCAUGCUCUUUCAAAUGCCAAGUGGUGGAGGAAGUGGCCUAUCGAGAGAAAUGGACGAUCUAUCUGAAAUUCGGAGUCGCACGGCUCCUGGCUCCGGCUUUGAUCCUUCGCAGAUGUCGCCCCAGGAGCUUCAUGCGACCAUGUGGAAAGUAUUAAAGUUUAGGGAUGACGUCUGCAAGUCCAUUGAAAGGACCAUCGAGAAGAUCCCCGGGCUCAGUAGUCUGACCGAGAAGAUUGGCAAUGCGGUCAACAAAUUUGUUUUCACUACGCUUGAGCCGUUUGAAUACCUCAAGCCCAUCAUGCUAUCAGCCACCGGGACGCUCCAAGACGGGUCAGCUGCGGUUAUCAACAAGCAAGAUCAAUACGAAACUUUCAAUAAUCCUCAUUGCGAUGAUCCCACACAUUCAUUAUUGAGCAAAGAUCAUUUUGGAUUGAUUUUAAACGAGCCAGCUGGCAAUUUAGCAAAGAUCAUCGUUAAACAUACUGUCAAGGGCGUCGUCGAGGCUUGGGAUUCUACCUCAGUCGAUCCGCACCGAACAGUGAACAAGAUUCUAGAAGCCUUUCAUCAUCCGUAUUUUGUGGAUGGUAGCUCAGACGUACAACGAGAAAUGGGCCAAUAUAUGCGAGAUUGGAUCGGCAAGAUGUCUGAUCAUGAUCGUGGCUAUGUACUGAAUGCUCUCACUAAAGAAAGUGUUCGCAACGGCAAGAACAAACGUCGUGCCAAAUCCUCAGCAGAUGAUGGGGAAAUUAACCAACCAGGUUCCCGCCUAAUACUUCUUGUACGUUUGAAAAUAGGUUACAAUCAGAUGCAGGGUCUCAUGUCAGGUGGUCGACGCGAUAUGGACGAAACUAACUUUCCGAGAGAACCUGGGUAUGCCUCCGCUCCGGAGGUUCACUCUAGUUCCUCGAUCGAUGGUACGACGCCGAGCUACAAUCAAAGUUACGGAGGCCCCGAGUCGUAUCCAUCACACGAUCCGAACACUGGUCCUCCAAUCAGACAUGACUCGUAUCCUCUUCCCAUGCCUGGUAACGCGCCCUUCCCUGGCUACGACGAUCCUGUUCAACAAUCCCCUUGGGGUGGUGUGAAUGUCAGUAUGUCAGGCCAGCGGCCACCACCGCCUCCAUCAUGGAAUUCGGGAGAUCCACAAUCUCAGCAGUGGAAUCAAGGCGAGCAGCGACCGCCACCACCACCGUCUUGGGGUUAUUCCCAACCUCCACCAGAUCAAAAUCGUUACUACCCCCCAGGUGGAUAUUGAUGACUACGUAAACAAGGGUCACAGAGUUAAUUAGUCGGGGUUAUGUGUGCUCACUGCUGAGCAUCACAAUAUGCUUGUGCUAUUGAUGCAUUUGUAACUAGUGAAGGCAUCACUGUUCCAUCUACUCGCAUAUAUCUUACGACUGUGGAUCUCAUGUCGACUGAAAAUAUUAUAUACAGAACUUAUUUGAAAGUUUGAAUUUGAUGACUUUUGUUUGAAUAUCACUGAUCAGCUUACGCUUGCUCGAUCAGGGUGAUAUGAUAGCUUUUUAAUGAAUUGAUACUUUGCAAACACAAAAUUAUAGGAUUACAAAUUC